AGGGGGCCGAAGGGAGAGAAGAAUCAGGGCCGUUGAAAUGUUGAAGGGAAGUAACGGUUAAGAUUUGGGUAUGGAAACGCUUGAAAAAGGGCCAAGAUUCGCAUUGCGGCGGAGUAUUCGGUACACAGAAAGAGAAAGGGAAGUAAUAUAAACCUUCGCUGUUCAAAAAGCGCUGCCAAGUCCGUGGCUUUCAGGCGGAGAAUCCUACGACCCGUAAUACCCAUUUCGAAUACCCUCUAGUCUCAAGCCCCGUAAAUCUCCACUCCCCCACUUUCUUCUUCCAUCACCAGCUCGAAUUUUCCAGCGUCUCAAGAGUCAGAGAUGGCAGCAACAUCAGCAACUAUUUUGUCAGUUGGAGCAACUGCAUCACUUAAUACUAAACUCAGCUCAUUUUCCCAAUCAAAGUCUGCUAGCUUCAGGUUCAAUUCACAAGAGACUCUUAAGAGCUUCUGUGGGCUCAAGGCAGCAUCAUCUCUACGUUGUGAAUCAGAGUCUUCUUUCCUAGGGAAACAGAGCAGUGCCGCUCUAUGGCGUCAUCUCGCUCCAUCAGCCCAAAGAGUGAACCAGCACGUAUGCAAAAAUCUUCAACCUCAAGCCUCUUACAAAGUUGCUGUUCUUGGAGCUGCUGGAGGGAUUGGUCAGCCUCUGGCACUUCUCAUCAAGAUGUCUCCACUGGUUUCCGCCUUGAACCUUUAUGAUAUUGCAAACGUCAAGGGUGUCGCUGCUGAUAUUAGCCACUGCAACACUCCCUCAAAAGUUAAGGAUUUCACGGGACCUUCUGAAUUAGCCAAUGCUUUAAAAGGUGUAGAUGUUGUUGUCAUACCCGCUGGGGUUCCUAGAAAGCCCGGUAUGACUCGUGACGACCUCUUCAAUAUAAAUGCUGGCAUAGUCAAGAGUUUGGUCGAGGCAGUUGCUGAUAACUGUCCCGAUGCCUUCAUCCAUAUCAUUAGCAACCCUGUGAACUCCACUGUGCCAAUUGCAGCAGAAGUUCUAAAGCGGAAGGGUGUGUAUGAUCCAAAGAAGCUCUUUGGAGUUACUACAUUGGAUGUUGUGCGGGCAAACACUUUCGUUGCUGAAAGGAAGAACCUUAAACUGAUUGAUGUCGAUGUCCCGGUCAUUGGGGGACAUGCGGGCAUAACCAUUCUUCCUCUCUUAUCAAAGACAAGGCCUUCAGUGAGCUUUACAGAUGAAGAAGUUAAAGAACUGACUGACAGGAUUCAAAAUGCGGGAACCGAAGUUGUGGAAGCAAAGGCAGGCGCAGGAUCUGCUACCCUUUCAAUGGCAUAUGCCGCUGCAAGAUUUGUCGAAUCAUCUCUUCGUGCUUUGGACGGAGACAGUGAUGUUUACGAGUGCUCUUUUGUGCAGUCUGAUCUGACUGAACUUCCUUUCUUUGCAUCGAGGAUUAAGCUCGGCAGGAAUGGAGUUGAAGCCUUUGUAACAUCUGAUCUUGAGGGUUUGUCCGAGUACGAGCAGAAGGCUCUUGAAGCUCUAAAGCCAGAACUGAAGGCAAGCAUCGAGAAGGGCAUUGCUUUUACUCAGAAACAAGCUGUGGCUGCUUAGAAGUUUGCUUUUUAACUUUUAAGAACAUGCUCGGAGAGUUGCAUUGAAUCCUAAGCAUCGGUUUGCGGCUUUUCUUUUUGUUUAGUAGUUCCUACGUUUUCAUGUUUCCCCCGUUUGAUGAAGGAAAACUGCUGUUUAAGAUAUUUACUGCUGCCGUAGAUUAUCCAAAGAAUGUAAUCGUUUCAUUAGGAGUUCUUGGUGAUGGAAAAUUUUGUAAUAACAUGGUUGGUACGACUGUGCACUUCAUCAGAAGACACUAAGAUUGAUUUUUUUU